GUGCUCAACAGGCAGCACGCGAGGCCUAUGGCCGAUGCCGUUACAAUCCGAGGAAGAACGGAUACGUGAAGUGCUGCGUGAAUUGAAAUCAAGAAAAGAAGGCGGUGACGUCAAAGAGGAUAUCGAGAGAAUCGAGAGAAUCCUCAAAGAUCCACUUUUUAAACAACUAUCCCAUCAGCCAACAUCUUCUCCGGAAACCUUCAAAUCAGAUAAUCGUAGGAAUAGCGCUGCAGAGAAACGAGUUGUAGAGAUCAGCAAACGGAUCGAGAGUAGUGAAAUUCGGAAGAAUCUCAAACAAAAUCAAAAGCUUCUGUUCAUCUACGUGGAUGCAAAACUCGUCGAUCCGGUUGUUCUAGAGACAAAAGAAAAAUCAUCUCGUCUGCUGGUUGUCGGUCCAAAAGACGUCAAGAAUCGAUCAACUGGCAAACUUCGGAUAGGAGAUUGCGUGGUGGCCAUCGAUGCGUCAGGUGGAAGUUCCGUUCCAUCUGCACCAUCGUCGACUGUCUCCUCCGACGAUACGAAAGGAGCCGCCGCCACCACCACUGCUCGCUUUGCAAUUCAUAAUCAAACGAUAGGAAAGUCGGAAUUCGAAACUGCGUGCCACAAAUCGAUCUCUGCCAAACAGCACCUGGUUGUCGGUGUUAUACGUGAAGCAACUCCCAUGGUGUUAUCUGGUGAUUGGACACAAGUUGAAGUGAUCCAUCUGAACACAGAAACUGGAGGUCUUGGAUUUGGAAUUGUCGGUGGAACAAGUACUGGAGUCGUUGUUAAAACUAUUCUACCAGGCAGUCCUGCAGAUAAAGAUGGACGCCUUCAGCCCGGGGAUCACAUUUUACAAAUAGGCAAUAUCAACUCACACGGGAUGAGCAGUCAGCAGGUUGCUACAAUUCUGAGACAUCAACAUCCGACAGUGGAUAUGAUUGUUGGGCGACCAAUCGCAUAUGCAGACAAACCAAUAGAUACUCCAGAGUGCUUCACAUUAGCCACAAAGGCGGCUCUUUGUGCCACGACGCUCGAGGAGGCUUUGCAGCGACAAAUGGCAACAUCGGUACCAUCAACGACUGCAAAUCAGACACCCAACACACUAUCACCGUCGAUCAGUUGUGUUCCGAUUGAAGAGGAAAAAGAGGAAAAAGAGCCCGAGCCUGAGCCGACUACAUCAAAAGAGCAACCCAUCAAAAUCACAACGUAUCUACCAGACACAAUAGAUAUUAGGAAACCUUGUGAUUGUGCACCGAAUUAUAAUCGGAGGGACAAACGAAAAAGUAGUUGUGAUGAUGGUGAACAUGGUGAUGGAGAUGGAGGUGGUGGUUGUAAAAAGACAAAAGAAGAUCACCAGGAAGAGGAAAAUGAGAUCGAUAGUAAAGAUGAAUUAGGAGAAAUGGUACGGUCACCAACAGUGGAGACGGGCCAGUCAGACGAGAAUUCAGUAGUGACUAGUGUUAGUCGUAGCAGUAAACGGAAUAGUAAUUCGAUUACUUCACGGAUUUCGCUCAAAUCCUUACAGGAAAUGGCGCUCACAGUAUUUUUGCGGGAAAAUUGGGAAUCAACCAAGUUUGAAUUGAUUGACGUGGCAUUACAUCGUGAUCCGGCACUAGGUCUCGGGAUUACUGUAGCUGGAUAUGUUCAUAAAAAGGAAGAAAUCGGUGGCAUUUUUGUCAAGUCGUUGGUUCCACGCUCGGCUGCCUCGUCCAGUGGAGUUAUCAAAGUGCACGACCUUAUUCUAGAGGUCAACGGCACAACUCUAGAGCACAUGUCACAUGCGGAUAGUGUCCGAACUCUUGUAAAAUCAGGAGAUCAAGUAAAACUGAAACUGGUCCGCUUCCCGUUGAGCUCGCCGCAAGCUCAAUGCCUAAAAAUGUUGCAACAACAGGAAACGGAGACGCAAGUGAUUGAUGUGAAGCUUUCGAAUCCGGAUUUAGUGAAAGAGUGGAAAAGUCGAAUAGGAGAUGAUAUUGAAAUUAUUGCGGCGGUUGUUAAACCGGAUAGGCAAUCUGUCGACGGAGGGCUAGGAAUAUCGUUAGAAGGUACUGUAGAUGUGCUCAAUGGAGCACAACUCUGCCCACAUCAUUAUAUCGAAUCGAUUCGUCAAGAUGGACCUGUAGCAAAGACGAAGGUUCUGCAAGCAGGAGACGAAUUACUCCAAGUCAAUCAUUCUCCAUUAUAUGGAGAAUCUCAUGUGACUGUGAGACAAGCAUUGACAAGAGCUGUACAUUCUGGAGCUCCUGUAACGUUGAUUGUGGCAAGGAGAUCCCAACACCUUCACGUCUUCGAACCAACAACUUACGAGAAACAACUUCCAUUAUCAUUUCCAUUUCUGGCGGCAAACCAGGAAACAGUUGUGAAAGCAAAAUCAGACAUUGAUCUAACAUCUACAAGAGCCGAAACAACGCAUCUUUUGCAAAGAGUAUCACGGAGAUUACGGUCGAAAUCUUUGGAAAAUUUCCAUGGAUUGGCGGUGUGGAAUUGUGUACCACUUGUCAUUCAUUUAUGUAAAGAUUCGAGAGGAUUAGGAUUUUCAAUUGUUGAUUAUAAGGAUCCAACACAUCGCGACGAAAGUGUGAUUGUUGUACAAUCCCUUGUACCUGGAGGAGUUGCUCAAGCCGAUGGACGUGUCGUUCCAGGCGAUCGCUUGUUGUUUGUGAACAAUCAUGAUUUGUCCAAUAGCAGCCUCGAAAGAGCAGUCGCUGUGCUGAAAGCCGCUCGAAUGGGACCUGUAAGGCUAGGACUUGCGAAACCGAUUCCAGUUGAUCAGUCACAAUUCACCUCCCACUCACCACUUUGCUCAAGAAGCGAACGAUUGCUAGCGAGAGGAAGAAGUCCACGGGGUCGAAGGAGAUAUACAUCCGGUACCACUUCAAGUCAGGAAACUGUGUGGAUUGGUACAGCUGAACAAUAUCGAAAGCUUCAUCCUCAAGGCUAUUAUCCGUCAAGAAGUCCGUCAGCAGCACGAAGUGAACGGAGUAUCGAGGGUUCGGAAUUCUCAAUGACAUCGUGGUCUCCGUGCUCGACAAGAUCGGUUUCUCCAUGUGGAUCGCCGAUUUCUUUAAGAGGAUCCUGGGCGUACGACGUAGUAUUUCUUCCAACUCAUCUAGAACGGACAGUGAAGCUUCAAAAAGGAGCACUUCCACUGGGAGCAGUGUUAGACGGGGAUAAGGAUAAGGGUGUCAACGGGUGUGUAGUGAAAAGUAUCUGUGGAAAGAAGGCUGUUGCUUUGGAUGGAAGGAUUCAAGUCGGCGACUUCAUCACCAAAAUUAACACCGAAUCCUUGCGCAAUGUGACCAACUCACAAGCUCGAGCAAUUCUGAAACGGACCAAUCUAGUGGGAACCUUUUGCAAUGUCACAUACAUCACAUCAGCGGAUGCAAAAACUUGGAAAGAGAGGUUUCAGCGGCCUUCCGAGUCGUCGUCUCCGAUUAUUAAUCGACUUUCGCCAAAAGUAUUUCCCAAAUUCUAUCGGAGUCCAUUUAUGCAACGCCAAGAGAGUCAAUCUAAAACUGAGAUGACAGAUGAUGAGACUGAAGCUCCAUCGAUAAUGACGGAUUCUAUGUCGGAGCAUAUUAAAACAUUCGAUCUAGCGGAGGGAAGUAGUAGGUCCCACCAUGAUGAGCAAGAAGUGAGGAAUCGAAUGAGCCGGCUGAUUGAUGGAGUGGAAGUUGAUGAUUUUGUCAAUUUAAUUAUAAAAGAAGCCAUCACCGAUGCGACAAUCGAACUGAGAGUGUUGCAUAAAACAAAAGAUUGGAGCAACUGCAACCACAAGCGAGAAGAACGAUUGGAAUCCCCACCGCUUCCACCUCCACCGCCGGAAGUUCUCUCGUCACCUCCGAAAAGUCCAGUUGCAUCAGUUCAACCAACUCCUCGGGAUCUUGAAGAAGUUCUGACUCGAUCAACAGCUUCAUCACUAGAAUAUCAUUCUGGACAACGGACGUCUCAGCUUCACAUUCUAAGCACUGAGGAGGAAGUUCUACAAGCAACACCACCUUCAUCGCCUGAAAACAAAUCUUCUGAAGUGCCUCCAUCGAUUUCUCCGAGUGGCAUCAAAUUAGCAGGUGAAGUGACUGCUCCAGAAGAAAUAGAAGUUGUGAAGGAGCAAGCAGAAAAUGUGGAUAGAGCAGAAACAGCAGCAACAGGAGCAGAAGUUGAAGCAACAUCGACUCCAACAGCAGAAGCAAUAGGAAAUAGUAAAGACGACGAAUCGACGACGACUUCAAUUAGUCAGCAGUCGGUUGGUCUACAGACUCAGGCACUUAACAGCACUGAAGUUAAUAGCAAUAUGUCAAGAGUCACGUCAAGGACACCUUCAACCGGAUCUGAAAGUCUUCAGAAUCAGGCCCGUCAACUAGUUCGUUCGAAAUACUGGGGAGAAGCUAGAACAGUGACUCUUGUCAGAGAGCCUAACAAGUCUUUCGGAAUAUCAAUUGUUGGUGGUCGAGUGGAAGUGUCUCAGAAAGGUGGACUCCCCGGAACUGGAAAUACUGUCUGUGGUAUUUUUAUCAAGAGUGUUCUACCGAAUAGUCCGGCUGGAAGAAGUGGACAGAUGAAUAUGGGAGAUCGAGUUAUUAGCGUAAAUGACGUGGAUCUUCGUGACGCGACCCACGAGCAAGCGGUGAAUGCAAUCAAAAAUGCAUCGAAUCCGGUUCGCUUCGUUCUUCAAUCUCUUCACACGAACCAGCAGAACAUGAUCAACUCAGCAUCAAACUCCACAGUUGGCUCUGUAAGAUUUGAGAACGCAAAGCCCGAAGAAGAGCUACCACCGACUGCGCUCGUAACUCCACUGAAACCAAUGAUAAGCAGCAGUGGUUCAUCAACAUCUAAACCAGCGAUGAACUUUCCACCACCAUCAAUUUCAACAACUACAACUACAUCAAUGGAGUCUGAAAGUAAAGAGGAAGAGGCAACAAGUUCAUCACCGGAUAUCCAGAGAGAAAAUACAGUUAAACGGAGAAGUAUGGAUGUAGAAAGGGAACAACCUGAAGCAAACCCAGUAGAAGAAACUUCUAUAGUCAAGGAGAAAACUCCUCCACGAAAAAUAUCUGCAAAGUCGAAUUCCAGUCAAAAGGAGAGUAACGACCGUAAAGAAAUUAAAAAGCAGAAAAGUGUAGAACGAGAAAUGUCAGUUGAAAGUAAGAAAAGUGUACGAAGCAUUAAGAAACAUCGGCAGGAAUCUACAAUAAUCAAAAAAUCCCCAUCUAACGAAACAGCUCCACUUAUAGUAUCUGAUGUGAGUAGCUCUGAAACACACGAAGAUGAGCCACAGGCAAUGUCACCAUCUACCUCAUUUGAUACACGUGACGCUGAUGCAAUGAGAGCACUUGGAAUCGACGAUGAUUCUGCGGCAUUUCAAAUUAAAAAUGACGGAGAAGAACCAUCGAAAUUUUUCUAUACAGCUGGAAAAAUCGAGAGAAAAUACGAUUCGGAUGGUGGAGAGCUCGUUCUUGUUGCAUGUGAACGACCGGAUGGAGGUCUCGGGAUUUCGUUGGCAGGGAAUAAAGAUCGAGAUAAACAAAAUGUAUUCGUUGUGAACGUCCGUCCAUCUUGUCCACUGGCUAUCCGGCCCGGAGAUGAACUUCUCGAAAUCAAUGGACGCCUUCUCAACAAGAUCUCCCACGUCGCAGCGUCAGCAGUAGUCCGAGAGUGUUGUGAUCAGCAUCAGAAUAUUGAAAUUGUGUUGAGAAGAAGGAAUGGGGCUUUGAACGAAUGCGCGGUACGAAGUGACACGAUCACCAGCAGUCAGUCUCUCCCUUCACCUCCGACGUCUCCCUCGACAUUGGCUCCUUCCGAAUCGAAGUCGACAGCACCACAAAUGCCAACGACUACAGAAGGCAUUGAGAAUGCUGCUCCAAAUCAAGAAGAAUUAAGCCGAAAGAAGUCGUUUUCCCAAGAACGUACUCAAGCAAUCGAGAAUGGACGGGAAACGAUGAUCGAAAUCGAUAAAGAUGGAAAAGGUCUAGGCCUGUCGAUUGUCGGUGGAGCAGAUACUGUACUUGGUACAGUAGUCAUUCACGAAGUAUAUUCCGAUGGAGCAGCUGCUCAUGACGGCCGGCUCAAGCCUGGAGAUCAGGUUCUAGAAGUGAAUGGAACAUCGUUACGAGGUGUCACACAUGACCAGUCGAUCGCAUAUUUGAGAAGGACACCGCCAAAAGUUCGGCUGUUAAUAUAUCGAGAUGUGAAUCUUCAGCUGUCGUUACUGGAUCCAACUCAAAUCUAUAACAUUUUUGAAAUUGAUUUGGUGAAGAAAACAGGAAGAGGCCUCGGAAUUUCAAUUGUCGGGAGAAAGAAUGAACCGGGUGUAUAUGUCAGUGAAAUUGUGAAGGGAGGACUAGCGGAGUCUGAUGGACGUCUCAUGACUGGAGAUCAAAUUCUUGAAGUCAAUGGGAAAGAUGUGAGGGGAUGUAUGCAAGAAGAUGUUGCGGCGAUGCUUAAGACGAUUACUGGUAAAGUGCAUUUAAAGCUCGGCCGUUGGAAGAUCACAGAAACAGCAAAUCGAGUUCACGCUGCAACACAGGCGCUAGCAAAAUCGGCGACGACUCCAAGGACAACAGAAAAUAAUAAUGACCCCGUUAGACCCGUGGCUGUCGCUGUAUCCAGUCCAGCCGCCACGCCAAGUACUUCUGCAAGUGUGACAGUAACAUCAGCGCCUGCAACAUCAGUACCUGAGCCGAAUGUUGUGGUGGAGCCGAUUCCAGGUCCGACAAGUGCAAGGGAGGAGAGGAACGAUGUUCCACCACCGGCACCUCCAAUGAGACCAAUUAUCACUCAUACGUCUCCCGAAGGUUGUGAGACUCAACAAGAACCAGCUGGAUUGUCACCGGUCACGGAAGAACCUUCUUCGGGUUGUGACUUUAUGAGUGUACAAGAAGAAGAACAACCACGUACACCAACAACCACUACCUCGAGCAGCAAUAACAACAAUUCACUUGCAAUUGAUAUUAUUCAUGACCUGAAAGAAGAAGGCAGCGAUACGUUGCUCGUCGAGCUCAAAAAGGUUGUUGAUCAGCAACUUGGCAUGGGAAUUGGAAAGAGAUCACGAGGAAUUUUGGUAACUUCUCUACAACCUGGAUCAGCUGCCGCUGAGAAAUUGAAAGUUGGAGAUCGGAUUUUAGCGGUCAAUGCGCUUCCAGUUUCUGAUCAGCUCUCCGCGGUGACAUUUGUCAAAGCCUCCGGUCAACGGCUGUAUCUUCAAAUUGCCCGUCCACACAGUAUCCCUCAACAAUGAAAAGACUAGUACUGUAGACCCUCUCUCACACACUUCUCCCUGUUACAACAUACGUGAUAUUUUAGUCUUGUAGGUGAUCAAACACUCAAUUCGUUUCGAUUUCCGGGUUUUACACUCUUUCCCUUCAUAUUCGUCGUUCAUUUUCUGACGAACUUCUAAUAAUAUUCUAGCAUUCCUACCUUCAAAAGUGCUCAAUGUUAUUCGUACCGCUUCCCCCUUAAAAUUAUUUCCUUGUUUUUUUCUUGAUUCGAAUCCUCUCCCCCAACUUUCAACACAACUCAGGUUUCCAUAUUUUUUUCUUAAUUUUUUUUGAAUUUUUUUUUUUGAAAUAUAGGCGAGCAAUUUUAUGCAUUUUGUAGGCAGUCAAUUAUGUCUCGCCUCUUCUGUCAAACUCUGCAGGGUACUUUUUUGAAAUGUUUUUCUUUUUGAAGUUUUACCGUUUUUUUUUUUGAAAACUAUUCAAUUCGUUCCAAACAUGCUGAAUAUCUAGUCGUUUUACACCCAUUUGCAAAGUAUGCGGUGAUAUUAUUUCCUUAAGUUUAGUGUUCUAUCUUUUAGUCCUUAUUUUGGAUCUUUCAUUGUUUUAUUUUUGGAUAAUUUCCCACGCAUGAAUAGUAUAUAAUAAACUGUUUUUCUUGUG